UUCGCGUAAUUCUAACCCUUGUUUUCGUCUCUCUUUUCACUCGUUCCUAUGUCAGACCGGGAGAAGUGGAAUUUGGAGAACGCCGCCGCCGGAGCUAUCGCCGGAUUCUCCACCGUCGCGGUUCUCCAUCCUCUCGACGUCGUCCGUACGAGAUUUCAAGUACGAGGUAAUUUCUAUGCAGUGAGCGAUGGUCGCGGGGGAUCUUGCCUUCCACUUUACAAGAAUACAGUGCAUGCUAUUUACAGUAUUGCGCGGAUGGAGGGUUUGAGAGGGCUUUAUGCAGGUUUUUAUCCUGCAGUCUUUGGGUCAACAGUUUCAUGGGGAUUGUACUUCUUCUUUUAUAGCAGAGCAAAGGCUAGGUACAAAAAAGGUUUUGAUCAAAGUCUCAGCCCUGGUUACCAUCUUGUUGCAGCCGCAGAAGCAGGUGCUCUGGCAUGCGUGCUUACAAAUCCUAUUUGGCUUGUGAAGACAAGAUUGCAACUUCAAACUCCUUUCAAUCAAAACCGUCCUUAUAUUGGUUCUUCUGAUGCAGUAAGAACCAUUUUCAAAGAGGAAGGAUGGAGAGCAUUCUAUAAGGGAAUUGGAUCUGGACUUUUUCUUGUUUCUCAUGCUGCUAUUCAGUUUUGUGCUUAUGAAGAACUUCGGAAGAUCGCCAUCAAUUUAAAAUCAAGAAGAGAAAAGACAGACGUGAAAGAUGGUGAUAGGUUACUGAACUCUUUUGAUUAUGCUAUGCUUGGGGGCGCUUCGAAACUUGCUGCUAUUCUGCUUACUUACCCAUCACAGGUUAUUCGAGCUCGCAUACAACAAAGGCCAAGUAGUGAUGGAAUCCCAAAAUACUUGGACAGUUGGCAUGUAGCAUCAGAAACUGCAAGGUUUGAAGGCGCAAGAGGAUUUUACAGGGGCAUCACAUCCAGCUUGCUGAAAAACAUUCCAUCGGCUUCAAUUACUUUUGUAAUGUACGAGAAUAUCCUAAAGCUGUUUAAAUUAUCUCAGAGUAAAUUAGAUGCUUCAGAUUAAUAGUUUUGCUGAGCAUUACUCGUUUUAAUUUAUCAUUUAUAUAAUACAUAAACUGUGUUACAAUUU